AAAAAAAAAAUGUUGAAACGGCCUGCCAUCUGCCGGCGACAUGUGAUAACACAAAAGUAAAUAUAAACAAACUUUUCGAAUGACUGAAUGUAUUGUCUGUAAUUUCAUAUGCGCAAGUGUACUGUAACUACGCAUCGGCAAAAAAAGACAUGAAUAGAAAUCGCCAUGCGGUAAAUGUUCACAGGCGGAGAGUGUUAUUGUGUUUAUUAUUACUUGAUGAUGAUAAUAAUAGAAGAUGGCACACAAGACCCACAAAUGCAAAUAGAUUGGGUCAAGGGGACUACCACAAUCUCAUCUCAGAAAUGCGAUUAGGAGACCAUGACAACUAUUUCGUAUUCAUGAGGAUGUCUCCUAAUCAAUUUGAUGCAUUGCUGCAUAUUGUUGGUCCAAUGCUACAAAAUAAUUCUCGCCGUCAACCAUUGAGCCCAGCAGAAAGACUGGCGAUGACACUAAGGUACCUUGCAUCGGGAAAUGAUUUCACAUCGAUAUCAUUUUCAUUCAGGGUAGGCCUUUCAACAGUUUCUAAAAUAAUUGCGGAAACAACCCUAGCAAUAUGGAUUGCCUUCAAACCGUUUGUAUUCAUGGAAUUAAAUGAAGGAAACUGGCUGAAAGUAGCUGAAGAUUUCAAAAUACUUUGGCAGUACCCAAACUGCAUAGGCACACUGGAUGGAAAGCACUGUGUCAUUCAGAAAUUACCAAAUUCAGGGUCAGCAUUUUUUAAUUACAAGUCAGCACACAUCAUAGUUCUUCUGGCACUGUGUGAUGCUAGAUACUGCUUUACCAUUGUUGACAUUGGUGCUCCAGGCAGGCACUGUGAUGGAGCCAUAUUUGCAGCCAGUCGAUUUGGUAGAGCACUGAACAACAGGCAGCUACACAUACCUCCUCCAAGAACACUGCCAAACAGUGAGAAAGUUUCACCAUUUGUCAUAGUUGCAGAUGCUGCAUUUCCUUUGAAGGAAAAUAUAAUGCGACCCUACCCAGACAGAAGGCUAACGCCUUCAAAAAGGAUUUACAAUUACAGACAUAGUCGGGCAAGACGUGUAUCAGAGAAUGCAUUUGGAAUUUUGUCACAUCGUUGGAGAGUGUUCAGACGACCAAUGCAUACCAAGCAGAGUACUGUCUGUACUAGUGUAAAGGCUGCAGUGUGCCUGCAUAACUGGUUAAUGAAGGGGAACCACAACAAUCGCAAUAGGUACUGCCCUCAAGGCAUGGCCGAUGAAGAAGAUGCAGAUGGGAUGAUCAGACCAGGUGCUUGGAGAGAAGAUGCCCAAUAUGGUGCCAUGCAAAACAUGCCCCUAUCUGCCAGAAAUCAACGUGCUGUUAAUGCUGUGACAGUGAGAAACACCUUUGAAGAAUAUUUUGCAGGAGAAGGUGCCGUACCUUGGCAAUGGAAUGUUCUGCCUAACAUGUAGUUUAUAAAUAGCUACAGAGAGAAACAAAACUACUUACUUUAUGUGUACAAAAUAACAGAGCCUAUUUCCAUUAGUUUAGUUAAUGCACUUUGCAUGUUGCUAAUUCAGUGAUACUUGUGACAUUGUAAACUCAGUUGAUCCCUACCUUACUGUAUUUUCACGUGUUAUUCAGAAUUAAGUAAAUUGUUUUAUGUUAAUUUGUUCCUUCUAUCUUGCCUGAGGAAAUGUAUGUGGCAGUCAGUGAAUUUCAACAUUUAAAUUACUAUAAAAACACAUUCUGUUGCACAUCACAACUAUUUUGUAAGGUAUCAGUCUAAUAACAUUUUAUUUAUGGUGAAGUUGAAAUACAUUAUCCUUCCACUUUA